CUCUGCACUCCGCAGCGCCCCGCCGAGCGGCGCCCACAGCUUCCAGCACCCGGUGGGCCCGCCUCCGGGGCGGAGCUGGGCGGCUCCCGUUUGGGCAGCCCCGCCCCGCUGACCCGGCUUCUCCCCUCGCUCCAUCCUGCCCCGGCGUGCUGGGCCCCGCCGCCGCCAUGUCCAGCCCAUUUGAGCUCUCGGUGCAAGAUCUCAACGACCUGCUCUCCGACGGCAGCGGCUGCUACAGCCUCCCGAGCCAGCCCUGCAACGAGGUCAUCCCCAGGGUCUACGUGGGCAACGCGUCUAUAGCUCAGGACAUCACCCAGCUGCAAAGACUGGGCAUCACCCACGUCCUGAAUGCCGCCGAGGGCAGGUCCUUCAUGCACGUCAACACCAGUGCCAACUUCUACAAGGAUUCCGGCAUCACCUACCUGGGCAUCAGGGCCAAUGACACACAGGAGUUCAACCUCAGCGCCUACUUUGAAAGAGCUGCAGACUUCAUUGACCAGGCCUUGGCUCAUAACAAUGGCCGGGUGCUGGUCCACUGCCGUGAGGGGUACAGCCGGUCCCCAACGCUGGUCAUCGCCUACCUCAUGAUGCGACAGAACAUGGACGUCAGGUCUGCCCUGAGCACCGUGAGGCAGAACCGUGAGAUCGGCCCCAAUGACGGUUUCCUGGCCCAACUCUGCCAGCUCAAUGACAGACUAGCCAAGGAGGGGAAGAUGAGGCGCUAGGGUGCCCUCAGUCUCUUCUGCAGAGGUCUGACUGGGAGGCCCUGGCCGCCAUGCUUAGGAAACUCAGUGUACCCUGCUCCCAGCAUCACAAAGGCACUUGCCCACGUCUGUCCCAUUGUGGCCCUGGGCCAUUCCACCCUUAGGGAGAACAUGAAGAAGCUGAGGGGGCCAUCCUUGCUCCUUGGCUGUCCUUUCCUGUAAUUUAUGUCCUCUCCCUGAGGUGGGGGCUCAGGGGGGGGGAGGUCUGUGGCAUACAUACAUCUCAGUGACCCAGGGCAGGAGGCCUGUGAGGGUGUAAGACCUGAGCCACUCAUAGGCACUCUUCAUGACCCCCUCCCCAACCUUGGGUUCCUCCCCAGUGGUCCAGCGACAGGAUCCUGGUGAAGGAACUAUGCAAACGCAGGCCCUGAUUGCUCCAUAGCCCAUGGUCCUAGUAGCCCGACACACCCUGCUUAGGCAGAGGCAUGGCAUUAGUUCUGAAGCAGGGUGGAGAUAGGUUAUUAGUGGCUGAAUUUCCAAAAAAAAGGCUGCGUUUUAAUAAUUUCCUUAGAAUUAAAGAUACUACACAGAGGCCCUUGAGUAGGCAAAUCUGUUUUCCCCAGAGGGCUCUCCUGAUUCUUUGGAAUAUUUAAAAUGUGCCUCUUUGGAGAGCUUACAUUCUGUAUCUGCUGCCUCAGAGCCUUCCCUGUGGGUGGCUCUGUUCUUGUGCUUGUUAGAAGAGUGAUGCCUUAGGCAGGGUUUUAUUUCUCUUUUUUUAGAAUACAGGUGGUUGAGGUCCAGCCUAUUAAAAAAACAAACAAAACAAAAACAAAAACAAAAAAAACCUCCAUUUAGAGAAUUGCAAGGGUUUUAUCCUGAAUUAUGGCGUUGGUGAACCCGAGCCAUUGUACCAACUGCUCUUCAUCCUGGUUGCUGUUCUCAGAAUAGAAGGAGGAAGUUGGCCAAUUACAGCUCGUGUUUGAGGGUGUGUGAAACGGCAUCUAUGUUGGGGGCUGGUGCCUGUCCCCUUGGAGACGGAAGGAAAAUGAAGGGCCCCCAUGCCCAUCCUGUCCACUUACGGAUGGCUCUGAUGGUUCCAUGGUGUCUGUGCAGGAACCUGGGGGUGACUCUCUGGGCAGCAGAGGGACAUGGCAUGUCAUCCAGAUGGACCCCUCUUUUAUCGGAGAGAGUGCAAACAAAGAAAUGACCUUUUGAAGAACUCUCUAAGGAUGUCUUUGAAAUGCGUUGGGCCUCGUGUGCAUACACAUUGGCCAGGGACUGAACACAGUCUUCUUGGGACUUCAUGAUCUUGCUAUUUGUGGGUCUCCGGGGUCCCACAGAGCAGAGAGGUGGCACUUAGCCAUCACCCCAGCACCUGGAACAUAGGCGCCUCAUAAAAACCUGUUUUAUGAGAACCGGAGCUGUUGCAGGGGGGAGGGGCUUGGAAUCCCAGCAGCCUGUGUGUCUGCCUGAAGGAUGUCCUACAGAACUUCUCAGAGCAGCCUUACUCAGAGGGAAAGACAUAUCAGGGAUUUCCGUUGAAUGUUUCAAAUUCAGCUUUAAAUGUACGAGUCGGCCAUGUUAGGGUGAGGAACCCUAACAUGUUAGGGCCAUGUUAGGGUGUGCCUUUUGCAGGGCUGCUGAGGGUUGUCUGGGAAGAGCCAGGAGAGGUAAGCCCUCUGAUCACAGCAGUAGCAGAGCUGUGCAGCCUGGAUGGUCUCAUUGUCCCCUGUUCUGUGUGACCACAGCAGCUCUGGACACGUGGUAUCCAUCAUUUUUUUUUUUUUUUUUCCCAGAAUGAGAUGGCCAUAGCCAAAUUGUGUACCUUACGCCAUAGUUUUCCAGGGGCUCUGUCUGCCUGGUCUAACUUGCAAUUCAUGAAAACCCUGUCAAGUUGACAGACCUUUUUCAUGUGUUAUGAGAGGGGAGAGACAAAAACAUCUGGGCUGGAAGGGCAUGCUGACACACGUGUAGAGGCCCAGCUCACGGGAGGCAGAGACAGGGGGAUCACUGCAAGUUCAAGGAUAGUUCGGUGUACAUGUGGACUCCAGCCAGGGCUAUGAUAGCAAACUCCUGCUUUUUUUGGCUUUUGGUUUUCAAGACAGGGUUUCACUGUGUAGCCCUGGCUGUCUGGGAACUCACUCUGCAGACCAGGCUGGCCUGCACCUCAAAGAUCUGCCUGCCUCUGCCCCUGAGGGCUGGGACUAAAGGCUUGUGCCACCACUACCCAGCUAAGAUCCUGUUUUUUGUUUUUGUUUUUGUUUUUUUAAACAAAACAAAACAAAAAAUCCAGGAUAAUUAAGAGUUGCCUGUCUCAUUAAAGCUAGGUGGAAGUAGUUUGAGGCCCGCUGCUUGGGGGAGCCGGAAUGUCCUUGGCUUUGAUGCCUCUAGAACCAGCACCCAGCAAUGUGCAAGUCUCCUGCACGUGUCUCUGAGUGAAAACUGUGAGUCCCCAGUUAGGACACAGGUUCUCCAUGUCCAGGUGACACAUGGUGACAUGUCGAUGAACUCUAAAUGCUCCUAGAAGAGGCUGACACCCCGUCCCCCUCAUCAGGGUGACCCCAUCCCCCAGGACGGCCACCGCUGAUUACUCACUAGCCCCCCCCCUGGAGGCAUCUUUGUGGGAACAUGAAGGAAAAGGGGCCUUUGGGAGAUUCCUGGCUUUCCUUUGGGGGCUAUCUGGCGAAAGUUCAGGGCUUCUUGGUCAGCUUUAGCUCAUGAGAGUGGCUCCUACUUCUUCAGGUAAAACACCCAUGUGUUGUGGGAAGAGCCACCUUGUGCCCACCCGUGAGUGGGGGCCAUUCCUGGAUAGUGUUCUAGCCCUGGAAAGUGGUAAAAAAGAAUUCAGGGUGUCCCUCCCUUUCCCCAGACCCCAUCAGAUCACUUUAUUAUGAUGUAAAAGAGUUUCCCUUCUCAAUGUUAAAGUAGUCUGCCUGCCUUUCCUGGGGUGGUCUGUUUCCCCAGCAUUCUGUUAACCUUGAGGGCAUAGACCAACACUUACUAAUAAGGGAACUCUUUUGGCCCACAGUAGGCUCUUUAGGGCUCUAGCACUGUAGGUUGCUUUACAUAUCCUCCCAUGGGGGAGCAGAGAGGGGGCUACAAGGGUGUAAAGUGAAUAAAGUAAAUAAAUGAGAAAAAAAAAAUAUAUAUAUAUAUAUACACAUAAACCAAAAAAAGAAAAAAGACAAAACUUUCUGCAAUGGAGUCUCACUGGGUAUAAAACCAUGCUCGUGAUUUUUAUUAUGAGAGGUUGCUACAGUUAAGUAAAGAAUUUUCUUCCUUUAUUGAAAAAAAAAAAUCCUCCCUUGGCCUUUCGCACCCCUGGGGAAUGGGCAUGAAUACGGCCAUGCCCAGCAGGUGGUGUUGAUAGGAAGGUUUGGUGCCUUUCCAGCUUGUAGUAUUUAAGACGCUAAACGUUUUAAUCACAGUAAGUACUGAUCCUAAGUAUGGAGGGAAGAGGUUUUCUCACGGGGAAAUUUUCUUUCUCCUAAAAGUGGCAUUAGAUGGUCCUUCCAGGUCAAGAUUCCAUCCUGAUCGUAGACAGAGGGAGUCUCAGGACAGAGAGAAGAUUGGCUGGAUGUUUAACCUCGGGUCUCUCUUAUCCCCGCCAGCUGUUAGGUAACUUGUAGAAGAGUGAUUUCCUUGAACGGAGAAGGUUCAGGGGAAAAGGAUGGUGGGGUGAGGCAUCGCACUGUCAUCUAUCUGCCUAGCAUGGGCCAGGCCCUGAGUUUGAUUCCUGCCGCUGGAAGGAAGAGGAAAGUGUAAUGUGCAUUGUAUCACCAGUGUUAACGCACUGUAAAACUGUAACCAAAAUAAAUGUCUUACCUUGCGAAGAA